GUGCGCGCCGGCGCCGCCGAGGGCCUCGUGGGGCGAGGCGCGGAGGGCUCGCCAGCUCCGCGCCCCGGCCCUGGCCAGGCGCCGGCGCUGGAGGAGGUGCAGCAGGCGCUGGACUGGUCGGAGAGAAGCGCGGGCGAGUGGUCUUCCCGCCUCAUGGCCUUCGUCGCCGACGAGGGCCGCCGGGAGGCCUGCGUCGGCAUCGUCGGCCGCAUCCAGGCCCUGCUCCCCCUGGACCACGUCUUGAGCUGGUCGGACCGGGUGAUGCUCACGGACCUGAUCGAGGGCGAGAUCGAGGCGAGGCAGCGGGUGGUCUCGCAGCAGGCGUUCAGCAUGGUCAGGAGCGAGGCCCUGGAGCUGAGGGCGCUCCGCGAGGAGAAGGAGGAGUUCGAGAAGCGCAUGAUGGUGAUGAACACGACGUACAUGCUCGAGAUCACCGCGAAGCGCGACUCGACCCGCGCCUCCUUCCAGGCGGCACGCGAUGGGCUCAACAGGGAGGGCCUCCCCCAGGAGGAGGUGCAGUUCUACGAGCCCCUGCAGCACCUGAGCAGCGAGGCGAGGCAGUGCGUCCACGCCAUCGUCGAGGAGAAGAUCAAGGCCGUGGUCGAGGCCAGCGCCAAGGAGCACGCCUGCAAGAUGGAGCUCGCCGAAUUCGAGCGGUCGCUUCUGCAGGACCGCCUGGUGUCCUACCAGCGCCUCAACUCGCGGCUGCAGGAGGAGGUGUGCGCGCUGCGCCGCCGGGAGCGGCAGGCCGAACUCGGCGACCAGGAGCGCGCGCAGGGGCAGGCCGAACCGCCGCUCCCGGAACCCGGUGAUAAACGGGUUAUCGUGCAAGCGCUGGUGGCCGCCAAGUUCAAGAAGCGGCACGACAGCAGCAGCCUUCGGCGAGCGGAGCUCGCCGACGGCACCUUGUCACACCAGGAGCGGAUCCUCCCCUCGGGCGUUUCGAGUGGCGAACUCAGAUGCUCGUAUCAGUGGAGGGACCGAGAUCACGUUAAGCAUUCUAGUCUGUCCCCGUUUGCAGGCCAGCCGCUGUGCACGGGUUUCAAGAUUUCGGCCAUGGGGUCAGGCUGUCCGCCCACUUCGAUUGCCGACGACCCCACGGCAGAUAAUUUCCAGUUUGUGUGCGAGUCCUAUAACGGUAACAGCUGGGGCACGCUCUCGGAACGUCUUGCUCGGAGCUCAGCCUUGGUUCUGCUCGCCCAGGAGAUCGGGAUCACGGCCGAAGAUGUGGGUGACAAGACUGCAAAAGCUCUUGGUAUAGGAUGGCAUAUGCUCUGCACACCUUCGGUACCUUGCGAUGCGGGGCAGACGUCGGCUGGAGUAACGAUUUUUGCCAGGACGAGUAUCGGACUUCGUUGGCCGCCACACCUACCGCGAGGAGUACUCGUCGAACACCGUCUGCUGUUUGCGAUGUUAGACAUACCAGGGUGGCCGCCGAUUUUGGCUGGCUGUGCUUAUUUGUGCACCACCGAGGGGCUGUCGAAGCGAAACCUCGAGUUGCUCAAACUGAUCGGGGAAACGCUCCAGGGGGCCCACAUGGCCAUCUUCGGGGCUGAUUGGAACCUGGGGCCGACGAUAAUCGAGUUUACGGGGUUACUGAGGAAAGCCGAUAUGUUGAUCCUCCAGCCGAAGAUCGAAACCUGUGUGACGGCGAAGUCCCACUCUCGGAUCGAUUUCUUCGUUGUGUCCUCAGCGGUAGCCAAGAUGGUCGACAAGGCCGAUGUUGUGAAGAACUGGCGACCGCAGCUGCUCCCGUACUGCGACGCGCACCCGCGCAAGUAUUGGGCUUUUGGGGCGGGGAAGUCGGCGGAGGCUGAAAUGUGGAAGCAGGCGGUCAAAGCGGAGGCCCAAGUGGCCGAAGGGGGUGUCACGGGAGUUUUUUCUUGGGAUGGCACCAAGUAUUAUGAAUCGUUCAGGCUCACCACGCUUAGGGAUCGCUCCCUGCAGGCGGGCCUUAGCCCCAUCGUGGUCAAGGUGACCCGCAAUUUUUGGCGCGGGCCUCGGGUUUUGCGUCUUGGCUCGGACCACAGCCUUUCUCCGAUGUGCGCGAAGUGUGGGUUGCCAGCAGGAUCCUGCCUGAAUGAUAUCAACGUUAAAGUUUAUGCUAUGGUCCCGUUCGACGGUUUCGUUGCCAGGAAUCCUGCUGUUGACCUUGCUUCGUACGUCGACGACGACACCGUCAGCGCGUGCGGCUCGGCGGACCAUGUGGUCCAAGUUCUCGGCCAGGCAGCUGAGGACCUGGAACGGGUUUUUAAGGAAGAUUUAGGUGUUGGUUUGGCCCCCGACAAACUCAUGACCUUCGGCUCCACCCCCGACUUGUCGCUGCGAGUCGGACGCAGGCUCGGAACGCUGGCUGGGACGGUCGGGGCCCACGUGGUCUCGCUCGGGGUUUCGGCGGCUAGGACUAGUACGGGGGUGAAGGACAGCUUCAUUCAGAGGGCGAGGGAAGGGGGGCACAACUUCUACGCUGGUCUAAAGUUUGUCAACCCUGUCAAAGAUAUGCCGCCUUUGUCCGACCAGCACGAGCCUUACUUGUAUAGCGCCGAGGGUCAGCGAAUGGACUGGGCGGACUUCGACACUACUGAUUUGAAUGUGGCGGGGGGCGGGUCGUGUUUCCCGCACCAGAUUCGAGAUCUAUCACGAGCAGCGUUUUCAUGGGUGUUCAUGGGAAGGGACGGAGAGCAGGAGGCUCGUGCGAAGGACUGA